CGUUGCUGUCUCUUGUGAACGAGAACUAAGCAAAGAUGGGUCGCAUGCACGCACCAGGGUUAGAUUAUUUUAAUUUUAAUGAAAAUUAUUAACACAUUUAAAAUUAAUUUUUUCUUUGCAUGUUUUUUAAUUUUUUUUGCUAUCAGAGUAUAAUUUUAUAAAUGUUUUUGGAUGAAAAAUUGUCACAACAGUGUUCUUUUAGCGUCCAUGUGUUUCUUAAAAAUCGCGAUUUUUUUAAGAAUAAUUCAUAUAAUUUAAUAUAUGUUAAUCACAUUCUAAGUAAUUUUAAGUUCGGAAUCGAGAGGAGCUUAUCUGUUUUACAAAUUUUUCGAAAUUUUUAUUUUCUUUUUAUAUCUAACCUCAAUUUAUCUUUUUCAGCCGUCUUAAUAUUUCUGAAGCGAUUAAUUAAUACUUUUUUUGAUUCAUCUCAAUAUCAUUUUUGCGUGUACAUUAUGUAAUUGUUAUUUAAAGGAUGAGGUAUUUUAGUAAUGAAAUUUUAUAACAUUGCAGAAAAGGUAUAUCACAAUCAGCGCUACCUUACAGACGUAGCGUCCCUACGUGGCUGAAGUUAACCCCAGAGGACUGUAAGGAAUUAAUUUAUAAAUUAGCUAAAAAAGGGCACACUCCUUCACAAAUCGGCGUGAUUCUUCGGGAUUCCCAUGGAGUUGCACAAGUACGUUUCCGUACUGGAAAUAAAAUUCUGAGGAUUGUCAAAAGUAUGGGUCUUGCACCAGAUUUACCUGAAGAUUUAUAUUAUUUGAUUAAAAAAGCAGUAGCCAUCAGAAAACACUUAGAGAGGAAUCGAAAAGAUAAGGAUAGUAAAUUUAGAUUAAUUCUUGUGGAGUCUAGAAUUCAUAGACUUGCACGUUAUUAUAAGUCAAAAGGAACUCUUCCAGCAAACUGGAAAUAUGAAAGUUCCACGGCUAGCGCAUUAGUUGCGUAAUUAUUUUUGUGCAUUUUUUAACAAAAUAAAGCUUCAAAUAUAAGUUAUUUGUGUUUUAUUACAUGUUUUCAUUUCAAACUUGCUAUCCUAUACUGCUAUUUAUAAUGUGCUUAAAUGUAGUUAUUUGAACAAAAAUACUCAGUGUGAAGUCAGUGAUUGUCAUAACAUUAAUAAUGAAACGAUGCGGAUUUUAUGUAUUUAUGAAAAAUUGGAAAUUGAAAAAAUGUAUACACAUUGUAUACAAUAUACAGAAAUACUUAUAUAAAAUAUCCAGAGUAGAAAAUAUUAGAGUAGUAUGUAGUAGAUAAAACAAAUAUUUUUAGUUUCUAUUUUGUUAGUGAUCAAAAAAUUUUAAAAUGCAUAUAAUUUGCAUCCUAAUAACGAGUAAUAAAAUAUUAAUCAUUCAUUAAUAUAUAUUAUUUUAUUAGUAAAUAA